AUGGAAACACGGAGUAAAAGGCUGAAGGAAAAUGACGAAAUGGAUGGUAACAUUUCUAAAGCUGUUUGUGGUAUGUCUGAUGUUAUUGAUGAUAAAUGUGAUGAUGUUAGUCUUAAUAGUAUGUCCUCUAGCCAGCUAAGUACUUCCAGAUUAAAGUUAGAUAAGGCAUUACUGAGGAAAAGGAAUUUAGAGAAGAGACUUGAGUUAGAACGGCAACUUAAGAUGUUAAAUCUACAAGAAGAGGUUGAUAUCGCUGAACUAGAAUGCAAGGCCAUCGAGGACGAUGGACGAUUACCCGUAGAUAAAUGUGCGACAAAUGCUAAAGUGGAAAAUUAUUUGAAUCAUGAUACUGGGUGUAAUAAUCACUCUGGGAAGGUCUGUAACAUCUCAAAUGUCGAUUGGGUUGAGGAACUGAAGGACACGUUACAUACAAUGGUUAGUAACAUGUCUUUACCUAAGAUCGAUAUGAUGUACUUUGAUGGGCAACCAGGUCAGUAA